AAGACCCAACAUUGGAGGGGGAGCAUUCUGAUUGUGAGGGGGUUACCUUACCGAGGUCGGCAUUGUAAGAUUCAGUACACUUGACGGGACACCAUUGCCAACACCAAAGGUCCACCCUUCGGUGAUGCUCAAUUUUUAGCAACCUCAAGUAAGUAAAUCCUAAAUCAUGCCCUCAUCCUUUGGUAGUUUCUCCUCUUAUUUGCGAAUGGGGUCAGGGGUUGGGUUUUUUCUUCUUUAUCUUGUCAUGUGUCUGUUUGGGAGGGCCUUGCUCUUGUAGUGCACAAAGAGACAGCAUCAAACCUGGGGAAAGGAUUCAAUUCACGAAGCUACUGGUUUCGGCACAAAGGACUUUCACACUGGGGUUCUUUAGCUUGGACACCCGCAGUUAUUUAGGAAUCUGGUACACAAGUGAUGUUGACAACAAGAAAGUUUGGGUUGCUAACAGAGACAACCCUAUAUCUGGCACCAAUGCAAAUCUCAUGCUGGAUGGCAAUGGCACAUUGAUGAUCAUUCAUAGUGGGGGUGAUCCAAUUGUCUUGAAUUCCAAUCAAGCAUCCGGAAACUCCAUAGCUACCUUGCUUGAUUCUGGAAAUUUUGUUGUGUCAGCGUUAAAUUCAGAUGGAUCUGCGAAGCAGACACUAUGGGAAAGUUUCGAUGAUCCUACAGACACGCUCCUGCCUGGGAUGAAACUAGGCAUCAACUUGAAAACCAGGCAAAACUGGUCACUUGCUUCGUGGAUAAACGAACAAGUGCCUGAUCCUGGGACUUUCACUCUAGAAUGGAAUGACACACAAUUGGUAACGAAACGCCGAGAAGACAUCUACUGGAGCAGUGGAAUUCUGAAAGAUCAGAGUUUUGAGUUCUUUCAAACUCACCAUAACAUCCACUUUUUCAUCAGUGUUUGUAAUGACAACGAGACCUACUUCAGCUAUUCAGUUCAAGACGGAGCUAUUUCAAAGUGGGUAUUGAACUGGAGAGGGGGAUUUUUUGACACUUACGGAACUCUAUUCGUGAAGGAAGAUAUGUGUGAUCGUUAUGGCAAAUAUCCAGGGUGUGCAGUGCAAGAGCCACCCACUUGCAGGACUAGAGACUUCCAAUUCAUGAAGCAAUCGGUUCUCAAUUCAGGAUAUCCAUCAUUAAUGAACAUAGAUACGAGCUUGGGCCUUAGUGAUUGUCAGGCUAUAUGCAGGAACAAUUGUUCUUGUACUGCUUGUAAUACUGUAUUCACCAAUGGAACUGGAUGUCAGUUUUGGAGGGAUAAAUUGCCACUAGCCCGAGUGGGUGAUGCAAAUCAGGAGGAGCUCUAUGUCUUGUCCUCAUCAAAAGAUACAGGGAACCAUUUGCAGAAUAUAAGCAUUAUCUGUGGAGUGGUAGGUCUGGUCAUAAUACUUAUCUUCUCUUGUUUACCGAGAAAUUUCAGAGGGUAUAGAGUAAGGAGGGAAGUUCAGCCACGUGAUGUUGAGGUUUCUGGUGAUAUAACAGGGGAUAGAGAAUUGGAGAAACCUGAGCAGAUUGUACCGAGUGAUUCAGAAGAUAUUGACAGUGUCAAACAGUUCAGUUUAGUUUCUGUUAUGGCUGCCACGAAUAACUUUUCAGAUGAAAAUAAACUUGGAAAGGGUGGUUUUGGUCCUGUCUAUAAGGGGAUACUACCUGGGGGCCAAGAAAUAGCAGUGAAGAGACUUUCAAGGGAUUCUACACAGGGACCAGAGCAGUUCAAUAAUGAAAGACUGAUUGCCAAACAACAACAUAGAAAUCUUGUCAGACUUUUGGGUUACUGCAUGGAGGGAGAAGAAAAGAUGUUAAUCUAUGAGUUCAUGCCCAACAGAAGCUUGGAAGACGUCCUCUUUGCUCCUGCUGGAAGAAAGAUGUUGGACUGGAAUACGUGGUGCAAAAUAAUUGAGGGGAUUGCACAAGGACUUGAUUACUUGCACAGACAUUCAAUAUUAAACAUGGUUCAUAGAGAUCUAAAAGCAAGUAAUAUCCUACUCGAUCAUGACAUGAACCCCAAAAUUUCUGAUUUUGGCACUGCCAGAAUUUUUGAGCGAAAUGCAUCAGAAGCACAUACUCGUAAACUUGUUGGAACCUUUGGUUACAUGCCACCUGAGUAUGUCCUGGGGGGAGCUUAUUCAGAGAAAACAGAUGUUUAUAGCUUUGGGGUCCUGCUGUUGGAAAUUGUGAGCGGCCAGAGGAUUAUUCCCCCUGAUUCUAAGGGUGACAACUUAAGUCUUAUACGAAAUGCUUGGAAGUUAUGGGGAGAAGGCAAUAGCUUGAAACUAGUGGAUCCAGCGGUGGUGGGUCCCCACUCAACAACCCAAAUAUUGAAGUGGAUUCGUGUUGCUCUCUUGUGUAUACAGAAGCAUGAAGAGAGGCCUACAAUGUCAGAAGUUUGCUCCAUGCUUAACAGAACGGAGCUACCCAAGCCAAAUCCACCCGCAAUUUUGCGCUCAGAUGAGCCAAGGAGUUGUUCUGAUAUGCAAGUGUAACUACUUGAGAGAUGGAAGGGUAUGCUUUUCUUUAUUUACGUUUUGUUGAUUUAUAUAAGAUGACAACUGAACUGAAGCUGGUUUUAUGAUCAUUUGGAACAUAUUUGUACGCAUGUAUUCUGGAGCUCUAUUUGCCCUUUUUCUCUCCAAAACAUAUUAUGAUAUAUGUCUAUCUAUAUCUUCGUGUCUA